UUUGACCUAAAAACCUGUUAUUGGAAGGCAAAGCGCACGCUCCUAUAUAUAUUAAAGGACCUUGGGCAUUGCUAGGUGGUAAAAGUUGCACGUAGUUCUUGGAAUACAGGCUGCAGGGGCUAGUGGGGGAGGUGGCGGAGUUGCCUUGUUGGAGGUGAAGCACAAGAUCCGAUCAGUAAUGGCAACCUCCACUGUCCUAUUCACAAUUAUUCUGCUCUUCCUCGGUCUCUCGGAUUCAACACUCCAAGUCCAGAGCCUGAGCUUCGGAAUCAACUAUGGACAAAUAGCCAACAACCUCCCAUCUCCGUCGCGAGUGGCCGUCCUCCUCCAGUCCCUCAAUGUCAGCCGCGUCAAACUCUACGACGCCGAUCCCAACGUCCUCCAAGCCUUCUCCAACUCCGACGUCGACUUCAUCAUCGGCCUCGGCAACGACUACUUGCAGAGCAUGUCCACCGACCCUCUCACAGCCCAGUCCUGGAUUCAGCAGAACGUGCAGCCCUAUCUCCCCCAGACCAAAAUCACGUGCAUCAAUGUCGGAAACGAAGUCCUCGGCGGCAACGACACCCAGCUCUGGUCGUACCUCCUCCCGGCAAUGCAAUCCGUCUACCGCGCCCUCGUCAACCUCGGCCUUUCCAAACAAGUAGCUGUCACAACUGCGCACUCGCUUACUAUUUUAGGAAACUCCUACCCACCGUCGGCGGGGAGUUUCCGACAAGAUCUCACUCAGUAUAUCCAGCCGAUCCUCAGCUUCCACUCGCAAGUUAACUCGCCCUUUUCGAUAAAUGCUUAUCCCUACUUUGCUUACAAGGCCAGUCCAAGUGAAGUUUCUUUGGAGUACGUGCUGUUCCAGCCUAAUCCUGGCAUGGACGAUUCAGUCACGAAUCUCCACUACGACAACAUGCUGGAUGCCCAGAUUGAUGCCGUUUAUUCUGCCAUCAAGGCGAUGGGGUAUUCAGACAUCGAGGUCCGAAUAUCCGAGACCGGCUGGCCUUCGAAAGGGGAUGCAAACGAGGCCGGCGCCACGCCGGAAAAUGCUGGUAUUUACAACGGUAAUCUGAUGAGGAAAAUUGAAGAGAAUAAAGGGACGCCGGCGAUGCCUAAAGUUCCGGUCGACAUUUACGUUUUUGCACUUUUUAACGAGGAUUUGAAGCCCGGUCCUGCGUCGGAGAGGAACUACGGACUAUAUUAUCCGGAUGGUACUCCGGUUUAUGAUAUCGGAUUCCAGGGCAGCCUUCUUGGAGUCCAGGGUAAUCCUCCUGGAGUCCAGGGUCUUCCUCAGCUAACUUUUUCUGCAGACUCGAAUGUAAAUGCCAUGUCCAUCUUCAAUUUUCUGAUCCUUCUCAUUGUGUACUUAUUAUUAUGUGCUUAUUAGAGCUCAUGUAUUUUAUGAACAACUUUUUGGGGAGGAAGACAUGCAGACAGGAGCAAACCUGAAUUCCAGAAGAUUUUUUUAAAAGCAAAAGGAAUUGUAAUAGGUUAUAUUAAUAGCUUUAAUUCUUCUUAUACUGUAUACAUUUAGUUUCUUUGAUUUUCUACACUAGUGAGCUAGCCAAUAAUCUUCCAUGGCAGCUCAAUUUUACACAAUAUUGCUGAAUAAUGGGAAAAAAGUACACACAAUUGUAGUUCUCAUUGUAUUUUUAUCGAGAUUCACUACUUUGCUUUUGA